UCAGCCAGCGCAGAUAAGAAGGGGGCAGAGGCAAUUCCCUUCAGCCACUUCUAAAACUGGAGCCACCAGAGAAGAGUGGGAGUACAAAGAUAUUUAGCUCUUCAGCUUCACAGACUGUUUGGACACAACUGCUCAUCAUCUUCACAUUACUUCUGCUUUUAAAUUUGUAGCUUUGGGUUCUUCCAUUUUUUUUGCAGAGUGGAUCUGGAUCUGCACCUGAUACCUUAAGGAAAAAACAUGCAACAGCUGAUCAGUUGAGCUAAUAUAUGAGCCCUAAAAAGUCUUUAUUACCUUGAAGAACCCGGCCUCAGAAAACACGAUUACGACCAAACAACGAAGACAGAGGAGGGAGGAAUCCUUGGACAUCGUCACCACAAAUGAAGGAGACCAUUCAGUGUGAGGCCAGAGAUGCUUUCGGCUUUCUUUUCCAAAAACUGUGAUUGAAACAGAGGAGAUCAAACUAACGACAGACUGUGCUGACACUCUUGUUCAUAUCCUGCACACAGACGUUUUCCUAAACUUAAUCGGGGUCAGAGUGUGAAUGAGCUUCCUUUGACCCUCUUCUGCACUGAGAAAUAAACAAUUUCAUAUAAUUAAAGAGAGUGUCAUGAAAGGCUUAAGUCUCAGCCGGGGGUUGCUGGUCCUUCUGCUCCUUUGGACUUUGUCAGCUGUCAUUGAUGCAGGCAGCGCAGAACGAGGAGUAUCUGGAAGAAGGAGAGGAGGAAGUGGUGGCGGCGCCGGCGAGAAAAGGAGGAAGUUGCACCGCAUCCAGCACGGCCAGUGCAGCUACACCUUCAUCCUGCCAGAGCUGGACGGAUGCCCCGGUGGAGGGUCGCCAUCACAGACGCAACACUAUGGUGGCUUUCAGGGCGGGCCGGGUGUCGUUCAGAGAGACUCGCCGCCUGCUGACAGCGAAUGGUCGGCUCAGAAACUGCAACACCUGGAGAGCACGAUGGAGAACAACACACAGUGGCUGCAGAAGUUGGAGAACUUCCUUCAGAAGAACAACAGGCGUGACGUUGCCAACAUGCAGUCGCAUGUCGUUCACAACCAAACGGCCACGAUGCUGGAAAUCGGCACGAACCUGCUCACGCACACAGCAGAGCAGACACGCAAGCUCCAUGUGGUCGAAGCAAAGGUCCUAAACCACACAUCUCAGAUAGAGAUAAAGCUUCUGGAGAAUUCUCUGUCCACCAACAAGCUGGAAAAGGAACUGUUACUGCAAACUUCAGAGAUCAGCCGGCUGCGAGAUAAGAACAGUCAUUUGGAGAGCAAAGUUCAGAUGUUGGAGUCUAAGCAGCGAGGAGAGCUGGAGGACAUGAGGCAGGAGAAGAAUAGACUUCAAUCCGUCAUCAGGACUCAGAUGGCGGCCAUCGAGUCUUUAGAGAGGCGGCUGAGAGUCGCCAGCACCAACAACACCGCCCUGCAGAGACAACAGACGCAGCUGAUGGAGUCUGUCCACACGCUCCUUAACAUGGUGGCUAGUACUACAGCAGCUCCUCCCAGGAGCCAGAUGUGGAGGGACUGUGCAGAUGCUUACAAGGCCGGUCACUAUGUGAGCGGCCUGUAUCACAUCUACAUCGGCAACAGGACUGAACCUGUGCAGGUUUACUGUGACAUGGAGACGAGUGGUGGAGGCUGGACAGUCUUCCAGAGACGGUUUAAUGGCAGCGUGGACUUCCAGAGGAGCUGGAGGGAGUACAAAAUGGGUUUUGGGGACGUGUUGGGCGAGUACUGGAUGGGUAAUGAAGUUUUGCACCUGCUGACCAAUCAAGGUGUCUACUCUAUGAGGGUGGAGAUGAUGGACUGGGAGGGAAACUCCGCCCACUCCCACUAUGACCGAUUUACACUGACCAGUGAGCGACAGCAGUACAGGUUGUAUCUGAGAGGUUACAGUGGCACAGCAGGGAAGCAGAGCAGCCUGACCACCCACGGGUCCGGCUUCAGCACCCGAGACAAAGACAACGACAACUGUGAACACUGCAAAUGUGCCAUGAUGCUCACUGGAGGUUGGUGGUUUGAUGCCUGCGGUUUCUCCAACCUAAAUGGUGUGUACUACUCCAUCGGCCAUAACAUCAGGAAGCUUAACGGCAUCAAGUGGCACCACUUCAAAGGUCCCAGCUACUCUCUGCGCGCCACCUCCAUGAUGGUACGACCCUACGACUUUUAAAGGCACCUUUCACCCUCCACAAUGGUUUGAUCCAACGGAGCUUAAAUACCACAGCGGUAUCGACCUUCAACUCCUCCGAAAUACCAUCCUAAUGAUAGCAAAGCUUCAAAACAAUGGCUCCCACCUUCACCACCAUCAUGGUACAACCCUAAAACACCUCUUGGAUAUGAUAUGGUACAGCCCUGAACUGAGGAAAUAGUGACUUUAAAACAAUAAUGGUUAAAGUCAUGUGACUCGUGAGGACCUUGUUUGUUACAUGUCUCCUGGACUUGUUUUCAUAACCAAGGAUCAUAUUGAGGAAAAUAAGGGAUGGAUCAUGUAAGAACAUAUCUCGUCUGCUUGAAAUGUGAUUGUCCUUUAAAUAUGAUGAUAACGACACACAUUUUCAGCCAGUCUGUGCUGGAAGCUAUUAAAAUGGUUGUGCUGGUUUGUACACAUGAGAAGUGCCAAAAGUGUUCACCCACACAGCCAGCCAGUCGCUUGAGACGUGGGUUGGAUUGUUGCUUUUGGGUUGGAAAAGGUACACUCUGUGGUACUCAGUCACUCCACCCCGGCUGGUACAGAAAGGGUGACUGAGGGGUUUCCAGAGCUGGAGCAUACUGGCAGCUUCACGGUACUUUCCUAUAUGACAUUUGAGAAUGUGUUUAAUGGUAAAAGGCAUGAAUGUGGACCCUCAUAGCUCACCUGGUAGAACAGGCAUCGUUUCUACUGAAGGAUGAGUUCGCUACUGUAGCCUGGGCUGCCCCCAUUAAACUGUCACUGUCUAAUAAAGACUGUAAAUAGGAAUAAAUAAUAUUAUCCACAAA